AUGGCGGCGGUGUCACCGGUGUGCGGCUCCCAGACGUCCCCGGCCGGCGCCUCGUCCCCACCCGCGCCCGCCCCGGCUCCGGCGGCCGGCCUGGGCCGCUGCCGCAUGGCGCUGCUGCUGGCGGUGGCCUUGGACGUGGCGGGCAUGGCGGCGCUGCUGACCGGCGUGUUCGCGCAGCUGCAGGUGCGCGGCCGCGACUUCGGGGACCUGCUCAUCUACUCCGGGGCGCUGCUGGUCUUCCUGAGCCUGCUGGGCUGGAUCCUCUGGUACACCGGCAACAUCGAGAUCUCCCGCCAGGAGCUGGAGCGCGACUACGGCCUGCGGCCCUCGGCGAUCGCCCGCCUCGCCCGCAAGCUGUCCCGCCGCUGGUCGGCGCCCGCCACCGCCAAUCCCCGCGCGGCCCCGGGUGCCCGCGCCGCGCGCCGAGCGCCCCGCGCGCCCCAGGCGUCCGCCUCCGGCUCCCGCCGCGUGCGUCUGCAGCUCACCACGCUCGAGGCGGGGCCUGGAGCGGCGGGCGCGGGCAGCGAGUGA